UUCGCGUAUCGAAACGGUACGAGUAAAAAACACAAGGGUACUUUUGCUCCGAACGAAUUCCGACAGUGUAUACCUAUGAAAUAAUGCACGCGCGCACGACACAUCGUCGAUUACGAGAUCUGUUAUUUCUACGAAAGAUACCGUGUAAGAUUAUAUAUUUAAGUACUGUAAUUGGCUAUACGCUGUUACGCUAUUUAAUCUUUUAUUCGCAGAUGUAUUCGCGGUUGAAUCAACUUAAAUUAGAAUUAUUGUAAAUGUAGAGGCGACUAGAGAAACUUGGUGUAUAUACAUAAUAUAAUAUUCGAAGGUACUAAAUUAACCAAAUAAAUGAAGCCUCACACCAAGAAAUGCGAACAAGAAAGUAAUAAAAAUGAAAAUAUACGAAUGAAUGCGGGAGAAGGAGGAACGAGACGAUCGAAGUGGGAAAGGAGCAAAAAUAUGAAGUACUGAGAAAAAGAUAACUAAAAAAUCACACGCAAUGAAACGACACAAAAUACGAAAAGAGAAACACUUCGGGACUCGAAUAUAUACCGCGAUCUUUUUAUAUUUGCCUAAGACUAAACGAAUACAUUACGCGGUUAGGCGAUUACUAAUUUAUUUAAAUAAAUACAAAACUCGAAUGAUUUUUUCACGUUUCUAACACACGCAUACACACGGCGCGUUAAGUACAAACGCGUACACGCGACAAACGUCGAGUCAAAAAAGAAAGUCGAGUCUGCCCGAUAGAGAAUUGUGUGACCCUUUCGAAACAUUACAAACGACCGAUACGCGAUUACAUACAUGUACUAAAUACCGUAAAAUAGUCUAUCGGAAAUGUGUUCGUUCACGAAAGCAAAGACCACCAAAACGGAGUUUUCGAUUCAUAGCGAACCAUUCUUUCACGUACAAGUGCAUCGAAAUUUUGUUCAUUACCGCUUAACGAAACGACGAACGAUAUUCUUUUGGUUAAUCGUCGACGGAACUUGACGUUGUUCUCGAUACGAAUUCUGUAACGUCGAACGCGAUUUCGAGCGAAAAACGGACGCACCGAAUUCAACCAGAAAGAAGCAGGACUUCUCUUUCGUUCAUUCUUUUUUAACCAAAAGUAAAGAAAGCGAAAAGAGAGAAAAAUAAAAACAGGAAAGCGAAGAAAGGAAGGAUUCCCUUGGGUACAAUGUGCGUAUACGCGUUGCGACGAUCGCGCGUCGAUGACAAAACAUCACUGUGUAUUAAUUCAAACAUGAUCGCCGUUGAAAAAAGACGAGACAUACCGUAGAAAGAUUUAUCUUUACGAUAGCGGUUACGAAUUAAUGUUACAGAAUAAGAUCCUUCGAUAGCAUUAACGGUAUAUCCCUUAAAAGAUGCAAGUAGUUGAGAAAACGAUUCUUCACUGUAACAAUAUACAUAAACACGCAUUUCAUCGUCCAUUCGUCGAUUCAUUCGUUCGUUCGUUCGUUCGUUCGUUCGCUCGCUCGUUCGCUCGCUCGCUCGCCGUUUGCUUACUUCAUCAAGAUACGCAUAUAAAGGACACGUUUAACGAAGUUAUAAACGACUCGAUAAGUAUCGUAAAAUGCGAAGAAUUUUUAAGCUGUUAAAAGGAAAAUAAAAAAGAGAGCUAAACGAAUUUGGGAAACGGCGCGGCGGGCGCAACGCUUUGGUCGCGUCGCGUCGCGUUUGCUCGCGUGUUGCACCGCAUUGGCGAACAAACUUUUGUGAUUUUUUUAUUUUGUAAGUAGUAAAAGAAAGGAUAGCGAAACACAGGAAUGUCCGAGUCCGAUCGGACCAGCUCUGGUUCGUCAUCCAUCCAGCUGUAUCACUUCGCCCUGCACGCGCGCGCGCGCAAUACAUACACGUGACAAUUUGUAGAUAGGUACGUACAUACAGCUUUGCUAAAUGUUUUCUGGUGAUCGGUAUCUAGCCAACAAAAUGUAGCGAAAACGUUUAUAAUAAAAUGGUAACACACGUUGUUUCCCAACUAAGAAUCCUUUCGAAAUUAUACGCGCGUCACGAACGGUCCGUUCUUUUUCGAAUCAAUAAGAAAAAAAACAGACUUGAAACACACUUGACCAGCGAUCACGUAUAUACAUAUUUUAAUUUUAACUUUAGCUUUAAUUAUAAUUUGCACGUCCGUGCUUUUAUCGCGAAUAACGAGACCCGUACUACAACCGCAUUUCCGAUUUCGAUUAUUGAACGAAAUCAAACGAACGCGACAUUUUUAUAAAGUCUCAUACAAAUAAUAUUACCGCCUACUCGAACAUGCGAUCAUUGAACUUCGUUUCCAAAAAACAAAUAUUGUUUCCGUAUUAAUCUAUAGAAAAAAAUAUUGUUAUUUAUACGUAGUAGUACUUUUUGUCUACUUUAUCCUGUAAAUGUGUACUCCUCAGCGUUUUUCCUGAUUAUAACAAAUGAUCGAAUUAUCUAGGAAUAACGUGUGUUGUGUAUUCGUAACUGGAUAAUCGUAUUACAGCCCUUGUCUGUCGUUACUUCGCCGUUAUGUGUAUUCACUAGUCCAUUCGUAUUAAAAUUUCUGAACAGACGUGAAUACGAUGGCGACUCGCGCUUGUGGUUUUGUUGUAUUUCGUCGCAUUCAGGGAGUGAUCGAGUAUCUUCUAAUGCAAGUUUCUUAUGGUAAACAUCACUGGACACCGCCAAAAGGUCACGUUGAUCCCGGUGAAUCAGAUAUGGCGACUGCAUUGCGUGAAACCGAAGAGGAAGCUGGUUUAGUAGCCGAUGAUUUCAAGAUUUUUGAAGACGCGAAACAGGAAUUAAAAUACGAUGUAAAUGGGAAACCGAAAAUUGUUAUUUAUUGGUUAGCAGAAUUGUUGAAUCCUAACAAACCUGUCCGAUUAUCCGACGAGCAUCAAGCGUUUAAGUGGCUACCGCUGGAGGAAGCUUGUUCCGUAGCAGAGUACGAAGAAAUGCAAAAUGCAUUGAAAUAUUUCAAUAACUAUAUAUGUACGAAUCUUUCUUAAUAUAGUGUUUUUUAAAUGUGUA